GUCCCUGGGGGUCGUCCCUGGGGUCGUCCAGUGACCGCCCGUGUCCCCCUACUACCAUUUCUCAUUUUAAAUCAUUAAUCAUUUGCUCAUUCUGUUAAUUCCCUCAAUAUCUUAUACGUUGUUAUCAUGUCUCCUGUUUUUUGUCUCCUGUUCACCUCUCCAGCGUUGUAAGGUUGAAUUCUUUAGCGGCUGCAUAUUCAACUGCUGUUCUGACAUAGGUUGUAUAUAAUGUUCCGAACGCCUCAAGUUUGGACUUCAUAAAUGACCAUUACUAGUGAAGGUGGCGGAGCUGCUUGAGGCUGCGUUGAUGCUGUUGGUGAGGGGACGAUCUGGAUGCUAUCUGGCUGAGAUAAAAGCCAGCAUCCGGCACGAGAUGUCGAGGUCUGGGGCGCUACUCUUGACAUCCUUCACAAAAGUCUCAGAUACCCACCCAACACCUCGUAUCUUGAGUUUCUCUGCACGACGACAUGGUUUCGAAAAUGAAUACAUUGGGUUACUACGUCUGGUAAUUAUUAUAUACACACGGGAAUAAUAUACAUUUGAGAAUACGUACAUUUAAGUGUAUUUUAAGUGUUCGCAAGUGAAUACCAAUUACAAGACUUUUUGCUUUUUAGCAAGUGAACGUUAAAAAGUGAACCUUUUUUUUUAUAAGUGAACUGUGAUAAGAGCCCUGAUGCGUUGAGUGGGCGUGCGUGGGCGUAGUGCACGGGCGUGAGGAAGAGAAGGGCGUGAUAAGGAAGGGGGUGAUAAGGAAGGAAGGGGUGGAGUCCCCCCCCCCCCAAUCUAUAAGACAGCCAUCAUGGAGUACAACAUCAUGGAUCUGCUGGAGGGCAAGCCGUCACAGCGGUACUCCAUCAUGAACAGCUGGGGUUCGUCCGGCAGCGCCACUCUCAACCACGGCGUGGAUGCCUCCACCCCCAGACGCCACCAGUCAGCCGCCCUCGACGACGCCGCCACCACCGACUCCUCCUCCUCCUCCUCCAGGAAGAAGUCGAGGAAGAAACUCGAAGAUGUUCUUCACCUGGAGGAGACGUACCGCCUCCGUCCCGAGGACCACCAAGACCUGGAACACGUCAGGGUAGAACACAAUCAGACUGGAUGCUGCAGUGGCAAAUACAGCCGUGCUAUGAAGCACCUCCUUCCCUUCCGCCCUACUCGCAAAGACAAAAAUCUUCUGCCUAGUAAUAGUGCUGGACUGUUUAGUUACUUUAGUGUUAGCUGGGUAACAAACUUAAUGUUUAAGGCAUACAAGGAAGGCCUUCAACCGAGUGACUUGUGGACUCUUCAGGAAGAGGAUGGUGCAGAAAUUAAUUCGGAACGUCUGGAGAGAUUGUGGGAUAACGAAAGAUGGAAUGCAGAAAAAGGCAAGAGAAAACCAGAGUUGUGGCGUGCAGUCUGGAGAUCAAUGCGGACCCGAGUCAUCGUCAGCAUGAUAAUCUCCAUUUUACAGAAUAUUCUUCAGUUCCUUGGACCGUCAAUAAUGCUCAAGAUGGUAUUAGACUAUAUAGAUAAGCCCGAGAUAGAUAAUCUGUAUGCAGGAUUAGUUGUCCUUGCAAUUGGUAUUAUAAACAUCUGCAGAGGUUCAGCAUUUAAUGCCAUGUUUGUAGUUAACACACAUACAGCAACAAGAGUGACCGGAGCUGUACAAGCUUUGAUGUACAAGAAAGUCCUGAGACUAAGAACAGGUGGUGAACGGCUUUCAGCACAGAUUAUUAAUUUCAGCAACAAUGAUAUGGAAAGACUCUUUGAGGCCUGCAUUUCUUGCGUAUUCAUAACUGCCAUGCCUGUGAUAUUUUUAUUGAGUGUGGUGUACUGUGUCUACAUCCUGGGUCCCUGGGCUCUCCUAGGCCAAGGGAUCUAUAUUCUCUUCUACCCAAUAAUGGGAGGCAUUGCUAAAGCACAGAGUAGUGUGCGUGUGGAAACGGUGAAGGUCACGGACAAGAGGGUGGCCCUUAUGAGCGAGAUCCUGAACAGCAUGCGUCUCAUCAAGAUGUACUCCUGGGAAGAUUCCUUUGCCAAAAAGAUAUCAGGAAUUAGGAAAGAAGAGUUAAAGAAACAUCGUAUUGGUGCAUUACUCCAAGCUGUGAGUUCUACAGUGACGCCAAGUAUUAGUAUCCUAGCAACCAUACUCACUUUUCUUGGAUAUACUUUCUCAGGUUAUCCACUGAAAGCCCCCGAGGCUUUUACAAUCUUUUCUGUCUUCAACGCUAUGCAGUUCACUGUUGGUGUCCUUCCAUUUACUGUCCGAUCAAUUGCAGAGGCUAGAAUCUCUCUUAACAGAAUUCAGAAACUAUUGGAGCUCCCUGAACAUCAGAAACGCACAGGAGGUCUCCUGAACAAUAAUUUAGCAUUACAGAUAAAAAAUGCAAGUUUUGCUUGGGAGGUACACAACAUUAAUUUAAAAGGACGAGGAGCACCUUCUGGAAGUACAUCUAAAGAUGCUAAGGAAAAAAAGAAGUCUGAUGACGCCAAGAAGAAUGGUGUUGCCAAUGGAGUAACUCCCAGUGUAAAUGGUCACAUUGCCACUGGAGAAACUAAUGGUACAAACAACCCAUCAAAGGGAGGAGACAACACAGAUUUGGUGAAGAAUAUAGAAACGCUCUUCAACAUCAACUUCUCCGUCGAACGUGGCAAGCUUAUUGGUGUCUGUGGAAGCAUAGGUUCUGGAAAAAGUUCUCUGAUAUCUGCUAUCUGUGGUGAUAUGAAGGUAAACAGUGGGAGUAUACAAGUGAAUGGGCAGCUGGCUUUGGUGACGCAGCAGGCAUGGAUCUACAAUGAUACGUUUCGAGAGAACAUCUUGGUGGGUCAGCCCUAUGAUCCUGAAAAGUACAAAAAGACCCUCAAUGUGUGUUCUCUGAUAUCUGAUAUAGAUCUUUUGGCAAAUGGAGAAAUGACAGAGAUUGGAGAAAGGGGCAUUAAUCUCAGUGGUGGUCAGAAGCAGAGAGUAAACCUGGGUCGUGCCGUGUACAGUGAUCGGGAGAUUUACUUACUGGACGAUCCUCUUAGUGCUGUGGACACAAAAGUUGCUAAGCACAUCUUCAACAACUGCAUAAAAGGAGCACUAGCUACCAAGACAGUCAUUCUUGUCACCCAUGCCACUCAUUUCCUGGAAAAGUGUGAUGAGAUCAUUCUUAUGCAAGGAGGAAAGAUUGCAGAACGUGGUACACAUGCUGAACUUAUAGACCGUAAAGGAGAAUAUUUUGACAUGAUUGGAUUUGAUGGUUCACGUGAAGAAAACAAUGAUGAUGAAAAGAAGUCGUGUGCACCAUAUGAGGAUGACUCGGAUAAGAAAGCUGUGAAUGCCAAAAAAAAUGAGAAGGAGGAUGAUAAAGAGGGAAGCGCAAGAGAUGGUAAACUCAUCACCGAGGAGACCAGAGAAUCUGGAAGUGUCAGUACAAAAGUCUAUUUAACUUUCAUCAAGGCCAGCGGAGGAUGGUGUAUUACAAAUAUUAUCCUCUUUGCCAUCAUCAUCUUUACUCUGACAAGAAUGUUUAAUGCAAUUUGGCUUCAAUAUUGGCUUGAUCAGGGUGAUGGCAUGGUAAAGGAACGAAGGGAAAAUCAAACCAAAUACAACCUAACAUUAUCAGAGGAAGAGAUUAAGGGUGACAUUACACAGAAUGAAAUGUUGUGGAUGUACCAGCUGGUGUACGGCAUGAGUUUUGUGUUGCUUCUCAUCACGGGAAUUUUCAAAGGCAUUGGCGUUACUUUCAGAGUUCUGGCAGGUGCUUCAAAAUUGCAUCAAGCGAUGUUUAUUAGUAUCCUUCGUGCACCUAUGAGUUUCUUCGACACUACCCCAACUGGCCGAAUUCUGAACCGAUUCUCUCGAGAUCUUGACGAAUUGGAUGUGCGUGUCCCAUUUUUCUUGGAGUUCCUGCUGCAAGGACUUUUGUUUGUCAUUGGGCAGAUUAUCCUGGUGUGCUUCAUCUACGUUUGGUUUAUCAUUCCGCUUCUCCUGGUUGCAGUUUUGUUUAUUGCUGUUGACGUAUUUCUCAAUGCUGGUGUGCGUGAACUGAAGCGUUUGGACAAUACCUUAAAGUCGCCUGUUACCCAACACAUAGGCUCAUCCAUCUCUGGUCUUUCUGUCAUUCGUACCUUUGAUAAGGAGAAGCUGUUUAUCAACAGGAUGUACAACAAACUUGACAAGCAUUCGUCUGCUCUGUUGGUGUUCCGGCUGUCAAAUCGCUGGUUCACCUAUCGAAUGGAUUUUAUGGCAGUGUGUGUCACCCUUGCAGUCACCAUCAUAUGUGUCUUCACCAAAGGCAUUGUUAGUACUGCACUUGCAGGUCUCGCCUUGUCAACAGUUAAUGGUGUGUGUGUGUUCAUUCCCUUCUUGAUGAGGAUGAAGUCAGAGUUCCAGUCUCGCAUAACUUCGGUGGAGCGUAUCAUAGAAUAUGCAUAUGAACUUCCCAGUGAAGCCCCAAGAGAAAUACCCUCGUCCCAGCCACCUUCUGGUUGGCCGUCCAAGGGCAGUAUUGAGCUAAAGGAUGUUAAGCUUCGAUACAGGCCCGAUCUUCCGCUAGUGCUUCAUGGUAUUAAUGCCUCAAUCAAAGACGGAGAGAAAAUUGGCAUUGUUGGACGAACUGGAGCAGGAAAGUCUUCUCUUAUUUCUACUUUACUACGUAUGGCUGAGCUGGAUUCUGGUAGCGUGAUUAUCGAUGGAGUAGAUAUUAGCACUCUUGGUCUCCAUACACUACGUUGCUGCAUUUCUGUCAUUCCACAAGACCCAGUGCUCUUCCAAGGAUCAAUCAGGUAUAAUUUGGACCCUUUUGAAGAGCACUCGGAUGAUGCAGUAUGGCAGGCAUUGGAGCGAUCACACUUGAAAAGUUUAGUUCAACGUCAAGAACAUGCUCUCUUGUCCAAGGUGGAAGCUGCAGGGGAAAAUUUCUCAGUAGGAGAACGACAACUCAUCUGUCUUACCAGAGCAUUACUGAGGAACAGUAAGAUUCUUCUGUUGGAUGAAGCAACAGCAUCUGUUGAUGUAGAAACAGACCACUUAAUCCAAGCUACUAUUAAAGAGGCAUUUGCCACCAAUACUGUCCUCACCAUUGCACAUAGGCUCAACACAGUGGCUAAUUAUGAUAGAGUAAUGGUCCUUGAUGCAGGAAAGGUUCACGAGUUUGAUACCCCAGAGAGACUAAUGAAUACCGAAGGGUCGCUAUUCCAGGAGAUGAUGCAAGCAAUGGGUGUCCACACAGUAGAACAAAUGCAGGCACUUACCUAGUACCUCCUUCCAGUGGCAAGUUAUGCCUAGUGAUUUCUAUAGUUGGGGUUUCCUGUUGUAGUGCACAGUUCAUGGCCAGACACCUGUACUUGAGUUUGAAGUACAUCCUGGAAAAAAAAAAGUUCUCUGCAUUAUUUGAAAGUAAAUUGAGUUUUUAAAUAGAUUUGACUGAAGUGUUUGUGUACAUAAAAACUAAUUGCUGUAAUUCACAUGCAUUUUUGAACAUAAUGAAAGGGAAAUGAUAAAAAAAGUGUUAUUACAACUUUGUCAAACCAUACUAAGUGCCAAGUAAAUACAGUUAAUAGCUCAAUUACUAUUUUGAGUAGAAGAUACGUAAUUAUUUUAUAUAGUUCACCAGGUUCAUUGUAGUUUAAACAUAGUUCUUUGCUAAAGUGAACAAAUGUCUGUAAUGUACAGUUAUACUUACAGAACCCAGUCUAACAAUUCAGUUUAACUUAAGAAAUGACAGUCUUGAGAAUCAUUGAUGUAUUUCAUCCCUACAGGAGAAGUAUGCUUAAUGGGACAUGGAUGGGUCAGACAGGUGUGUCAUUAGUCUUUUUAUUUUAGUCUGUGAUUAUUAUGAUAUCGUGUGUAAUGUAAAACAAAUACUCUUGUAAUGUUUGGUAUGCUACGUGUAAUGGGUCUCGGGACCUAUUAAAUUUUAAAUACUGUACUGUAUAGCUGAUUGGGAACGUGUGCAGAGCUGCGUUUCUAAAACAUUGAAACAAAUGGUAGACCAAAACUAUUUUGGCAGGUUCUUAAAUAUGUUUAAAACUUAAUAAUGGGGUCAUUCUAAAAAUGUAAUCUUGAUACAUUAGCCACUUCUUAAAAAAAAAUGGCUAAUGAAGAUUAAACAAAAAAAUAUUUAGUACAUUAGUGUAUUUUUGUGUGCGUGCUAAACGUAUAAAAAAUACAAAGAGAGAGACAUUAAUGGUGAUCAAUGACAUUUUUGUUUAAAUAAGAGAUAAAGAUAAAUAGGUUUUGGAAAAAUAAGAAUAGACAGGUUGAAGGUUUGGUAUGUCAAGAGUUAUAAAAUAUUCAUCAUAUGUAAUUUCAGAUCAUGAUGUAUUGAUGUUUAAUCAAAUUAUUGAACAAUCUGCUUUCUUUAAUUUCAUCAUAAAAACUUUUGACAGUUUCUCAAGAGGUCGGUCUGUCGACCUGCUACUUAAAAGCAUGAUAUGACUGAUGCUGGCAUGUAUGUCUAUCUUGCAACGAUAUUAAUUUUGGUGUGCAAAAUGUCACAUUGCACUUGAAAGUGAUCAUCCACGUGAACACUUAUUGCUAUCAUAAAAAAAUCUGAAAAUUAUAAUUCAAAUAACAUCAGAAAAAAACAAGCAAAGUAUGCAAUCACAAGCAACACCUUCAUUAAUUUAAUUUUAUGGAUUUCUGUAUCAUAGAAAUGAACCAAAUGCACUUUAAUAUUUGGAGUUUUGUUAUUCAACAUGGAAACUUAAUUGGUUAGAAAUAACAGACGUAAACUAGACUAAUGUAUGAUAGUUAAUACAAUACAGCAUGACACUGUUUUACAAGUUAUAGUUUUUUCAAGUGUAAUUUCAUAUCUGCUCUCACUGAGCAUGCAUCAUAUCAAUGUGCUUGUUUUGUUAAUUUUUAUUUUGGGUUGGUAUAUGUGCCGUCAUUUUUUUUUUUUAGUACAAUUCAAACCCAGGUCCUUGAAAUAUUGUCAAGUUUGAGAAUGGCUCUAUAGUCAUAUCCAUAUAUAAAUCUGAUGUAAAAACGGGCAAAUGUGAGGCGUUUAAGGAUGCGAGCUGAACGAAUGGUGCUUUGUUAAAAAGUAAAUUAUUCUGGUGAAGUAUGUAUGUUGUUGAGAAUGAAUUGAAGUAAAAAUAAACCCAUUUUUGUGCAAGUGGCAGUUAAUCUAUACUGUAUUUAAAAAGGCAUUAAUUUGAGUAGUGUAGAGGGAAAGCAUGUGUUCAUUUGAGAUGUUCAUUCAGUUCAUAUUCAUAUUUGGAACAUGCAAGCUUAAAAUAUAAUACAGCAAGCGAGAGAGAGGUUUUAGGAGAUAAAAAAUUAAAGUAACUAAGUUUACAGGAAUUAAGAAAACUGUGCGAUCAACUAGUUGAAAUGAGAUUAGAAAGAUCUAAAAAUAAUAAAGGAAAUUUUGUAAAUUGGUUAAUCAUUUAUUAAAGAAGGGAAACGUAACACUAAAUGUUUAGUGAAUCAGAUUAAUUAAUUUUUUGGGGGGGAGAAAUACAUGUUACCAAAGAGAUAAUGAAGACAUGUUGUGCAAACAAGUAAAAAGAAAUGAAGGCGGUAUUCCAAGUCAGUGCAGUGUGCAAAAGGAAUAUAUCUACAAAGAAGCUCUAGUAUUGUAAACACCUAUUUUUGGAGUCUCAUUGAGGAUAAAAGUGAAUUUUCUCACUAAUUUAUUUGCCAAGUUUAUAUGCAGUAGUAGUGAUUAAUUUAUAUUUGGAAUCUCCUUAGUUCUAUGUAUGCCUAAAGCUUAGUUUGAAGUUUUAAAUAUCGAAUGUAUUUGAAUUUUGUUUGUUAUUAUAACAAAUUUUAUUAUUUUCAUGAGGCAAUUUUGUUUUUGUUUUUAAGCACUGUGUAAAUCGAUAACAGAAUAUUAAGCAGUGAUCACAGACUCAGGGGUAAGUAUUGCACUAAAAUGCUGACUGCACUCUGGUACUAGCUUAAAUAUCUGUAUUUAAGUGUUUAAGUAUUAAAACCAAUAGUAUUUGGUUAAAUACAUGAAGCAGAAUAUAGACUCGUUAUAUUUUGUGGUCAAUGAACAUGGAAAAAUUAGAAUCUUGUUUUCCAUUUUUGUCCUUAGUGCCUUCCUAUUGUAAAAAUGUUGUACCAGAGGAAACAGGGUAUACACUUCUAGUGUUCAUGGUAGCCGCCUUUCUACUGAGGUGUACAUAUUAUUAUACAGUUUGUAACUUAUAUAUAAUUCAGUUUAUUUGCUGUAGCACAUGUAUUUCAGAUACAGUGUUAAUAUAUUUACUAUAUUGUUUUAACUUUUUUUUGUCUUCUACUCUAUUUUAGUUUAAUUUUUUUUUUUACCAAAAUGUUUAUAAUAUCAUUUAGUCUUUUCUGUGAUUUAUUUAUAAGUGUUAUAUGUUUGAAUGUAUAAAACUCUUUGAUAAAAAUCAGGGUUUCAGUCAUCUACACUGGACGUCCAAUCAUAUUCAGUACACUAGAUAGACUACUUCAGAUGUAACUCGAUAUAAAUUUUUUUAUUAUUCAA